AUGAGGGAGUUUCGCGCACGAGACGCUCAUUAGCGCCAUCUGCCGGACGGAGAUGUACUAAACACGGAAGUAAAUGGACAAAUCGGGAUUACAGCAUGAGCGCUGAUCGACAAUGUGUAAUUUUUAUUAUUUAUUAGCAACUCUGUUGUAUUUUAUUCACCAUGGAAACUCGCAAAAAGAUUAUUGUUUUCCAUCUGAAUUCUUGGAGUCAUUGUCGAUGUCUGUGAAGAUUACCAAAGCAGGAUUUCACAGGGAUCUCCAAUACAAGGUUCAGUGGGGAAAAGUAGAUCAUGAUGUGAAAGCUUUACUGGUCCAGAAGCUGCCAAGUGGAGUUUAUAUGGAUGAAUAUCAGCUGGAAACUCUAAAACAAGACACCGGUUUGGAGGUUCUUCUGGAUUCAAAGGUUGAUCUGGAAGCUCCAGAAUAUCUGUCUUCUGGUUUCACCGCACUGGUUUUUCUCUCUGGAAAACACGAGGCGACGGUCCCCGUUCACGGCCGAUAUCACAGACCCUCCAACUCCAGCCAGAAAUGGGUGACAGUAGAUAUCGAAUCACCGAGGCUGUUACUCAGAUCAGAUCAGUGCGAGACACCGAGAGCCCGUGUCCAUCAUGCAGUGACCGACGUUCCCUGUACCGUCAGGAACCACAGCUUCUGCUCAUGGCUGGAGAUCCGGGAUUUGAAGGACACUGGAGCGGUGAGUCUGGAGAUCCCGGUCGGUGAUUCCUCCAUGAUCCUCAGUGUGUGUGUCGGGACCGUUCUGACCGCCGCGCUGAGCUGCAUUUACCUGCUCAGAUCCAUCUGGAAACACGGCACCUUUUAAUCACACCGUCAUGUGACGCGCUAUGUAUAUACGUAACGAUAUGAUCCGGACUUUCUUUCCUCUGGAAUGAGGAGUAUAUAGUCAUAGUGGAUUAUUAAUGUUUUGUUACAGCAAAAUGUGUUAUUGCAAUUGUAAAUAAAACUGAAUAUUACUUUGUUUAAAAAAA